CAUUGAAUUGGUUCUAAAGUAUUUUACUGUCUUUUAACAGGUGGUUUGCAUUGGGUCAGUGGCAGAACUGGAAGAGCUGUCAGGAGUGAAAGUCACUGAUCUCCACAGAGAAAGCAUUGAUCAUCUAACCAUCCCUUCACGCUGUGGAAAAGGAAUGUUGCACCGUGUUUCUGAAGUCUUCGAUUGUUGGUUUGAGAGUGGGAGCAUGCCUUACGCACAAGUCCAUUACCCAUUUGAGAACAGAAAAGAAUUUGAAGAUGCCUUUCCUGCUGACUUCAUUGCCGAAGGCAUUGACCAAACCAGAGGAUGGUUUUAUACUCUCCUGGUGCUAUCCACAGCUCUUUUUGGGAAGCCUCCUUUCAAGAAUGUAAUUGUAAAUGGGCUGGUUCUUGCUAGUGAUGGCCAAAAAAUGAGCAAACGCAAGAAGAACUAUCCUGAUCCAGUGACCAUUGUAAAUGGUUAUGGAGCUGAUGCACUAAGGCUGUACCUCAUCAAUUCUCCUGUGGUAAGAGCCGAAAACUUGCGGUUUAAGGAGGAAGGAGUAAGAGAUGUGCUGAAGGAUGUCUUCCUGCCCUGGUACAACGCGUAUCGCUUUCUCAUUCAAAAUAUUGUGAUCCUGCAACAUAAGGAAGAUGGAAAGGAAUUCCUGUACAAUGAGAACACGAUGAAAGAGAGCAACAACAUCAUGGAUAAGUGGAUUCUUUCCUUCACGCAGUCACUCAUUCAGUUCUUCAAGGCUGAAAUGGCAGCCUACAGACUAUACACUGUAGUCCCUCGACUAGUUAAGUUUGUUGAUGUACUGACCAACUGGUACGUUAGAAUGAAUCGCAGAAGAUUAAAGGGUGAAAAUGGGAAUGAGGACUGCAUUAUGGCCUUGGAAACCUUGUUCAGUGUUCUGUAUGCAAUGUGCAGACUCAUGGCACCUUAUACUCCCUUUAUCACUGAAAUGAUGUACCAGAAUCUGAAGACCCUUAUUGAUCCAGCCUCAGUUCAGGAGAAGAACAGUGAUAGCAUUCACUAUCUCAUGCUUCCUCAAGUGAGGGAGAAUCUGAUUGACAAAAAAAUUGAAAAUGCUGUUUCCUGGAUGCAAUCUGUUAUUGAGCUUGGCCGGGUAAUCCGAGACAGAAAAACCAUUCCAGUAAAGUAUCCACUGAAAGAAGUAGUGGUUAUCCAUCAGGACCCAGAGGCUCUGGAAAACAUCAGGUCUUUGGAGAAGUAUAUACUUGAGGAACUUAACGUACGUCAGGUGACACUGUCUACUGAUAAAGAUAAGUACGGAAUCCGUCUGAGAGCGGAACCAGAUCAUAUGGUGCUCGGGAAGCGUCUGAAAGCUGCCUUUAAAGCUGUUAUGACUGCCAUCAAGGAGCUGAAGAGUGAGCAGCUGGAAGAAUUCCAAAAGACAGGUACCAUUGUUGUAGAAGGCCAUGAAUUACAUGAGGAAGAUCUCCGUCUCAUGUACACCUUCGAUCAGGUCAUGGGUGGAUCUGUCCAAUAUGAGGCACAUUCUGAUGCUCAGGUUUUAGUUCUUCUAGAUGUCACCCCAGAUCAAUCAAUGGUUGACGAAGGAGUUGCUCGCGAAGUGAUUAAUCGCAUCCAAAAACUUCGCAAAAAGCGCAAUCUAGUUCCUACAGAUGAGAUUACUGUAUAUUAUAGAUCACAUCCUGAAGGUGACUACCUGGAUUCUGUUGUUAAGGAGCAUACAGAUUUCAUUUUUGCAACAAUAAAGGCUGCCCUGAAGCCAUACCCUGUGCCUACUUCAAGAGAAGUGCUCAUUCAAGAGAAAACACAACUGAAGGGGUCAGAACUAGAAAUCACACUUGUCAGAGGAGGCUUACAUCAUCGUGUUGAGCCAGCCUGUGCUUAUGUCAGUCUCACCACGUGUAUUAAUGGUACAGAGCAAGAUGGCGUGUUGCUGUUGGAAAAUCCAAAAGGAGAUAAUAAAUUAAACUAUACUAAACUUGUAGAUGCUGUGUCCUGCAUUUUUGGCCUUAAAAAUUCAAAGCUGUCAGUUUUCAAUGGAAAAUCAGAACUGUUGAGCAACACUGACUUACUGAGUCUCAGCGGAAAGACUCUUCAUGUGACAUCAGGGUCAGCCCCUGCUUUAAUCAAUGCCCAUGAUACCCUCCUCUGCCAAUAUAUCAACUUACAGCUAGUGAAUGCAAAACCACAAGAGUGUCUGAAAGGAGUGGUGGGAACUCUUCUAAUGGAAAACCCAGUUGGUCAGAAUGGACUAACAUAUCAAGGUCUUCUCUAUGAAACAGCAAAAGUGUUUGGACUCAGGAGCAGGAGGCUAAAAUUGUUCCUAGAUGAAUCACAAACACAGGAGAUUACAAAGGACACCUCCAUGAAGACCUUGAAUACGAAGACUCUGUAUGUUCAUGUUAUACCAACAACAGCUGAAUGCUGAGGAUUCCAUUCGUAUUAAUAAGCCCACUUAGACUUUUUUUUUCACAGAAGAGAGAUCUGAUUCUGAUUAGUAUGCUUUUUAAUGAACAUCCAAGUUGUGUACUGUAUUUUCAACAUCAGCAAUUGUACACCGAUGAUGUUUUCUACCUGUGCAUGUGUAAUAUGCUGCUUUUGGUUUCAAAUACAAUGUAUUUUCGUUGUUAUUAUAAAGGCUAUUCAGAGUGAUGUCAGAUCUUAAGCCUAGAUAUCUAUGCAGUAAUUUACCUGAAAGAAAUGGACUCAUACCUCAGUGAUGCCGUUCUCUGCCUGUCCUUUAUGCAGAGGCCAUCUUUAAUUUUCUAAGCCGUGUCUCCAAGGGUGUGUUGUUACAGCUUUGAAACUAAUUAGGGAAGAGUUACCCAGUUCUGUGCAUUCACACUAGUUGGGUUUUAAUGAAGUGCGGUGUUGAUGAAAAUACUUUGGAACAAUAAAUUUUCUUUAUCUCCAAAA